AUGAAAUUCCUAGUCUCGCGUAAUGUGAUUCACCGAGACCUCGCUGCCCGCAACAUCAUGAUCGAUCAGAUGAAAAACGCAAAAAUUGGCGACUUUGGGCUGUGCAUCGACGCCAACGAUCGAUCCGUCGAUAUUAGCGGUAAACUCCCGAUAAAAUGGCUGGCCAUCGAAUGCCUCGAAUCACACAAAUUCUCCAGCAAAAGUGAUGUGUGGUCCUUCGGCAUGGUGCUGUGGGAGAUGUACUCGAUGGGCGACGCCCCGUUCGUCGACAUCGAGCCGACGGCGAUUCUCGAGGAACUGAAAUCCGGGCGCCGACCGAAGCGACCGCUUUUGGCGUCGGAUAAGCUAGACGAAGUGAUGCAACGCUGCUGGCAAGAAUACCCGACGUCACGGCCAAGUUUUGACGAGCUGCUGACAAUCUUUACGAUUUUAUUGGAGCAGGCCACAGAGGGCUACGGCUAUUUACAGCUAAUGUCGAACGAGUUCUACAAAACGUUGCCACAAGUUGAGGUCGAGGCGGAAGAGGAGCAAGAGAUCGAGGAGCUCGAGUCGAGAAGCCGGGCCGCGUCGACGAAAUCGGCCAAAAUUCAUAUCCUGGGGAAUGUGCUGAAUGCGUGGAGAGCUGCUGCUCACGGAAUUGGGCGCCAGCUUUCGAGUGGUAAAGGGAUCUACCCAACUCCCGACCACCCGAGGAUGAAUAAGAAGCGGAAAUCCGGGACUUUUGGGGAAGCUGCUGAAGAAAACGUGCCCAAGCUGCCACAGCCGACCUCAACGGCCAGGCGGAAAUCGCAGGAUUUCCUGACGUGGACGGGACUCCGGAAAAUCCGGAGAAGAUCCCUAGAUCCGGAAGUUGAGCAGAAUGGCGUUCCGGUGGGUAUCAACACGAAAUUAAAAUUUAAACAACGAUCA